CACAUGCGACAUUCCCACGUAGCCUCGUGAAUGCCGACCGCGACCCUCGCUCCCUCACAGCGCGCCUCCGCGGGCCUCUUGGCAACCACGAGCCGCCAUGUCGUACUAUCAGGGCAACGGCCAGAACUACUACAACCCCAACAUACCGCACUCGGCCCAGGCCGCGCAGCAGCCCUACCAGGACCCGUAUGAGCACGACCAAGGCGACCAUGCCAACGGCGCUGCCGGCGGCUAUGGCUACGCCGCCCCGGUGCGGCGCAACAGCUUCGCCAAUCGCAACGACGAGCUGUUCAUCGGCGGCACCACUGCCUCGCCUGCCAUGAUCCAAGGGCCCAUGUCGCCCACCACGAGUCAAGGGCCCGCGUCCCCCACCGCUGGCAGCUACGGGAGCAACUACGGGUACCAGUCGCCGCAGCAGCACUAUAACCCGCAGAACUACAAUGCUCCUGCGGUUGCGCUGCCGAAUCCACAGCACUACGGCGGCGUCAACCGCACCUUCAUUGCACCGAUUUCUUCGCAUGCACCAUACGUUCCAGCUGCGUACGCGGACACAGGCUUGAGCAGGAAUAGCACCGUCAGCCAUCCAUAUGGCUUUUCGCCGACCUCGCCGACCGCCUCGUAUCCCUCUCCCGCUGCUUAUCAGAAUUCGCAGUUUGGCAGGACAGGCUCCCUUCAGAGCAGGUCAGCUUACUCUCCUCCAGCCCCGCCGCCACUACCCGUGCCUCCAGGCAGUGCACAGUCGGCUGGCGAUGACUGGGGCAGCUAUCCAGCGCGAACAACUUCGAGUGCUCACUCACAGUCGUACUACGAGUCCUCUCACGCGCCUCUCCCUUCGCCGCCAACAUACGAUACUGGGUACGGUACGCAAGAUCGCAUCGGCAGAUACAACUCGACCUCGAGUCUUCAUUCGAACCCUCUGCCGCCAACACCGGAAGUGCCUCCUCACGCGUCGCCCCAUCGAACGAACACCGUCUCAUCGCGCCCACUCCCCGAUCUUCCUCCCACCGAGUCUGAUAGCGACGAGUACUUCUCACCACAGAACGAACCUUCAUACAAUCAAGACCAGCUGUUCGAUGACGUUCUGAACAUGACUUCUGGAAAUAGCCCAAGAAUACAGGUCCAGCAACCGAAUGGUGGCGAAUAUUACGAUGAGAUGGGCAGGCGGACUUCAGCAAGAAACGGAGAGCGUACCAAUGGUGAUCGCCUUGCACCGUAUCCCGUUCGUGAUGUUUACACUAGCGACGAGAGCGACGUAGAGGCUGCGGCUGGAUUGGCUGCGCUUAGACUGGCAGAGGAGCAAGAAGAGGCGGACGAAGCACGCAGGCGGAGUGGAGGAACUGGACUAUUCAGCAGCUAUGCAACGAUGCCAUCGCCACCUCUUCCUCACGGACAGAACCGACCAGCUGAGCAGAGCGCUAGUGAUAGCGAAUACGCACCAGUCGAUCUGGGCCUCUAUGGGGGCAAUUUUGCACCCUCGUUUGCAUACGGAGGAGAUCCAAGUCAACUCGCGACCGGAAAUAGCCACCCAGUAUCGUCCUCAGGGUCACAACGGAGAUCCGACCCGGCCAGUGAAGACUACGAUCCAAUCCAUCCUUUCCCUUCCUUCUCGACCAACGCACGCGUUGACACGUUUGGCACAGGGGGUUUGGAAGAGCCGAGCGGGCGUAGGCGGAGCUACGACGAGGGAGACGAAGCCACCCUCAUGGACUCCGCAUCUGUCAUGUCCGGUAUGUCCGGUGCGACAUUGCAGUCCUCAUCUGCAAUGCCAGGCGAGCCACCUGAUAUGUUUUAUCACCCUGGAAUGACCAACAGACCCCUACCUCCUCCACCACCAGGGGCGAGUACUGGUAGCCGUCAACGGAUGAACCAUACAAGCACCAGCUCACAGGGAUCCGGGACGUAUGAGUACUGGCGCAAUGCUCCAUCGGCUCGUGGCUCGUACCCAGUCGAUCCCAACGGCUUGCAAAUGGUCUCACCAACUGGGCAACUUGUUCCCCGUUCCACGUCUCUACUUCAGCACAGUAACCCACCUCGCGAGAUUCCACUCCCAAGAUCGAAGACAGAUGCCGAACAGGGACACAGGUUGCGGCAAUCUGCCAAUCGUAAUACAUUCUAUGGUGGAGCGAUGGACAGCGACGGCAAUACCAUGACGCCUGCUAGCGGUGACGCUGUUGCCAUUGAUUUGCCGACUUUGCCGACAGGGAGACGCUUCAACCCAGCUAAAUUAUCCACUGGUGACUUUAAGAAGUGCACCGAGCCUUGGGCACUCAGCUCGAUCAUUGCUUGGUUGAAGUCCAUGACGGAAGGUGAGAAUGAUCUGAAGGAGAGUCCAAUCCAAGAAGGUCUUAUCGCUCUUUUCACCCACAAGGUUCCGACCAUGAACAUCGCGGACGCGGAAACGCUGAGUAGCCGCGUGAUGCAAGAAAUGUACAGGGCGGGGACCCUGGUUCAUGAUGAGGAAUGGCUCAAAUUCUCUUCAACUAGCAUGACUGGCGUCAUCUUCCAGCUGACAGGUGCUGGCUGUUACGCGCCGAUGCUUCACACACACGUGAGCUCUGGUCGCUGCUACGCACACCACUGUCAGCGAACACUGAAGAAGAUUGAUCUGCAUUCACCUGCCGCUGCUGCUCGGUCUGAAGACUGGGCAACAUUUCACAAGGUGAAGAAGGACGACCUCACAAGUGCACACAAAAAGGAGAUUGAACGCCAGAACAUUCUACACGAGAUCGUGCAAGGAGAAGACAAAUAUAUGGAUCGACUGGACGUACUACGAAGGCUUUAUCGAGACAAGCUUCUGGCUGCACAACCCCCUGUUGUUCCGCCGAAGAAACUCAGCAGGUUCAUCAACGAUGUUUUCAGUAAAGCGGACGCCGUCAAGAAGGCAAACGAGGAUCAUCUCCUUCCACAAAUCAAGUACAGACAGCAAGAGCAGGGCCCCUGGGUUGUUGGCUUCAGCGACAUCUUCCGAGAAUGGAUCAGGAAAGCGAAGCAGGCGUAUAUCGAGUAUGCCGCCAACUUUCCUUAUGCCAAUUUCUUGGUCCGCCAGGAGGCCGACAGGAAUAUGCUAUUCCGUGCUUUCCUGGACGAAGCUCAGGCAAACCGACUGUCCGAAAAGCUGCCCUGGCAGAACUUCCUCAAGGCCCCUAUCGACAGGUUACAGCGUUAUGGUCUUCUGAUCGACACGGUGAUUAAGAACUCAACCGUGGACAACGAUGAGAAACGCAACUUGAUCAUCGCCAAGGAAGAGAUUAAAGCUGUCACGCUGGAGUGUGAUGCUCGCGUGGCUGAGAUGGAACGCAAGGUCAGUCUGACUGACUUGCAGUCUAAGUUGAUUCUGCGGCCUGGCAUGCAACGUGUCGAGCUCAAUCUGGAUCAUCUCGGGCGCGAGCUCAUCUUCAGGGGUGACCUACAGAGAAUGGGAGGUAGCCGAUUCAACUGGCUGGAAACUCACGCACUGCUUUUCGAUCACUACCUGGUCCUGGCAAAGACGGUCGCAUAUCGGGAACAGGACGGACUUACCAAAUCAGAGAAAUACGAUGUCUCUAGGCUACCUAUACCGAUGGAUCUGCUGGUUCUGGAAAGCGAGGACGAGGAUCCUGUUGUACGGUCGAACUUGAAGGGCAUUGCUCCUGUGAACAGGAUAGCGCCAGUGAGUGGGCGGACAACCAGUAGUCCAGCACCAGGCUCGCUCCAACACGUUGUGACGUCCAAUUCCAUGGGCUCAACAAGUACGGGCACUUCAGGGAAGACGAUGAUGAACAGCCCGAACUUGGACAACGGUAGGGACGAGAAGAUCCUUUACCCCUUCAAGGUCAAGCAUCUAGGAAAGGAGACCUACACACUCUAUGCGUCAUCUGCACAGAACCGGGUUGAUUGGUGCGACAAGAUUCUACACGCUAAAACACAGCAUGCGGCUGCAUUGUUUGCUCAGAAUGCUGAACCUUUCCGCUUACGAGUGAUGGCUGAUGCUGCGUUCGCAUACGACAGUGUCAUGCCUACACAGAGGGGGAUCACUAUCAAGGGAACACCGCUCGACCGCUCGAUUGAUGAGGUGGAGAAGCUUUUCGCCAACUCAGGAAGGCCUGUGCCUAUCUGCAGAGCACGGGUCAACUGCGCAACAGCUUUCAAUCAACCAUUUGGCAAGCACAUCGUUGCUGUUGGUACUGAUAUUGGAGUCUACAUAUCCGACUACGACAACCCGCGAGGUUGGACGAAGGCAAUCCAAGUUCCACGUGUGACACAAAUCGCAGUCUUGGAACAUUUUAGUCUCAUGCUGCUCAUCUCUGACAAAUCUCUGAUUGCAUAUCACCUUGAUGCUGUCUGCCCUGUCAGCGGUGUACCACCAUCCAACGACUCAACACGGCGCGCACCCCAGAAACUCUCUGGCGCACGCGACAUUGGUUUCUUCGCCACUGGCACAAUGAAAGACCGCACCCUCGUCUUCUACAAGAAGCGCGAAGGCCUCUCCUCCACCUUCAAGGUCCUCGAACCCGUGUACCAAAAGUCCACCGAAAAGAAAUCUCGCAUGUGGAAAUCCGGCCGCACAGAGUUCUUCCGCGAAUACGACGAAUUCUACAUCCCGGCCGACUGCUACACAAUCAACCUCUUCCACUCGUCCCUCGCCAUUUCGACCGCCAAGGGCUUCGAGGUCAUGACCCUCGACAAGAAACAGCCCUGGAGCGUCCCAGACCUCAAGCAGCAGCACGUCGCCACCAUCGCCUCGCGCCUCACCAACCAGGACCCGCUCGGCAUGUUCCGCCUCUCGGACCAGGAGUUCCUGCUGUGCUACGAAGAGUGCGCCGUCUACAUCAACAAGAACGGCGACAUCAGCCGCUCCGUCAUCAUGGAGUUUGUCGGCAAGGCCAAGAGCGCCGCCAUGUACGGCCCGUAUGUGCUCUUGUUCGAUCCUGAUUUCGUCGAGAUCCGCAAUGCGCAGAAUGGCCGCCUGCGGCAGGUUAUCGCCGGCCGCGACGUCAAGUGUCUCGACGACGGGCUGUCGGGCACCACGGGGCAUCACAGGACCAUCAAGAUGAGCCUGCAGCAUCCGCAGGUCGAGAGGUGUCAGGUGGUUGUCGAGCUGGUGCUUAAUGAGGGGCAGAAGGAGUAGAUCUAGGCUCCAGGGCGACGGCUUGGGAGGGGUGCGCUUUUGGUGAUAUCUGCAUAUGUCGGUUCGUGAUUUUGUUGACUUUCCGCCGGAUACCUUGUGAAGUACUGGAGACGCAUUGUUAUGUGCACGCAUGUUAUAUGUACAUUGGCGAUGUGGCGAUUGGUUCGGGCAUGUACAGGGUGGGUUUUGAUGGUUGUCCUUGUUAGCAUUGCAGCGCUUUGUAGUCAGCAAUAAUGAUGCAUUUCCGUCA